UUCAUUUUAAGCACUGGUGAGAGUGUGAACAUGCUGGUUUUGUAAUGCACUUUCAGAGCAAGUUGUCCCUCUUCUGAGUCAAAUAUACCUGGUUUAUGUCAGUGUUCAGACCUACCACUGCUCUAGAUCUCUCUCUCUUUCUCCAUUUCAUUUCAGUUGAGAAACUACUCAUGGAAGAAAUAAAAAAAAAUUUUUGUCAUGAAAAAGAAAAGCAGUUUUCACACAGCUUUCUCAUAUUGAACUGCUUUAAAAAUUUAGCAGAAAGAUAAAGGCCUUUAGCUACACCAGUUCAAAUACACAGAAGACAUGAGCAUAGUUUCUCUAUGUGCUGAUCUUUUUAUAGCAAAGUGGGUGAAGGGGUUGAUGUGUUGGUUGUGUUGGGUUUUUGGUGGGUUUUUGAGCUUUAGAAUUACUUCAGAACAGCAAGUCUCUCCUCUAUGUUUGUUAAUGUAAGUUUGGAAGAAGGAUAGUUCCCUCGCCAACAGGCUGCUAGAGUAACAGGGUUUAGAGUAAUCCUUCCAGGAAUCAUGCAAAUAGGAACAGUAUCAACAAGCCAUCACUUCCAACUUUUUUUGGGGGGGGGGAGUUAAUUUUGCAUGAGGAAAAUACACAGGAAAAUGUGGUGAAGAAUACUGAGUGCAUGAGAAUGCUGCUAUAGAAGCCAUAGCUUUCUAGCUUUAUAAACAUCCUUUUUUCUUCUGCACUUAAAAUUUUUCAGUAACAAGGAAGUAAUUUUUUAAAAAAUUCCUUCUGCCCAGGAAGAAAACUCUUCUGGUUAUCCUGGUGUAGCCCAGUGACCUUACCCUAGCUGACUAAGUCUUAAAUGUUGGAUAUUGUUGGACUCAGCCUGCCAUCAUCCAGUUACCAACAGGGUCAGUCCUUUUGGUGGUACAAAAUAAAGACAACUAUUCACUUUAUUCAAAGAUCCUACUAUGUACGUUAAUGAGACAUUUAGAAAUACUGUAGUUUAUUUUUAAUGUGGCAGUUCACAGGACCUCAUAGUGUAUGUGUCUGCAUGUGUGACCAAGUACCGCAUAAAACCUUCCUGUUGUCCUUGCGGAAUGUUACUUCAGGAGGAAGAGAGGUUUAUGGCAGGGACAUAGCAAAACAAGAAUGUGUGUGAGAACAUAAGCCAAAAGCAAGGUAGGUGGCUCUUCGCGCAGAUGGUAGGUUUAAGAGGAGAGAGUAUAGGUGAAUCCUAUAUUCAGUAAAACAUUUAGUUCUCAGGUUCCUAGGAUGAAAACCUUAUUGUUUUUUUCCUGAAAAUCCAUGUUGUACAAAAACAGAGGACUAACUUCAGCUGUGCAACAAGUCAGUUAUCACUUCACUUCAAAAUUUAUAAAGGUUUAAAAGCUCUAGAGAACUGUAUUUUUUUUCCUUAAAUGUUAUAGCAUUAUUUAACUCUGGCAUGCAUUAUUCUGGGUUUUUUUGAAGGCUUUGUGUCCUCCAGUUAGUAUAUAUAGGAGAUCCUUAUUUCUAUUCAAAAAGUGUCCAGCCCUUAUCUUGAAAGACAAGAAGGUUAAGAAAUACAUGUGGUGCUGGCUGUCCUGCUUCUACCCUCUUCCCCACCUAACUAGUCACCAAGUGUAGAACUUUUCAGCCAAACUUGAUAAUAGCAACAAGGCUCUCUACAAAUUUGACUGUUGGAAACUAGACAGUAAAGAGAAAUCUAAAUUAGCAUUCUUAUCAACCGAGUUCACAGUGUAGCCCUUCCCUUAUCUCUUCUGUUUGUUCUGGUGGCUGGACAGUCAGUGCACAUGUGGACUUUCACCUAGCUAGCAAUAAAAGGAUAGUAGGGGUCUGCAAAGGAAUGGAGGUGAUGUAGCCUAGGCAAAGUAUUCGAACAGAAAUCUACAGAGACAGGGCUAUUCGUGCAACUUAGUUCUGUUUAUUUAAAAAAAAAUAACAGUGCUACUACUUGCUCGUUCUGAAGCUGCAACCUCAGAUUAAAGCAGAGCAUUAUGAGAAGGUGGCAAUGAAGAGCUGGGAUGAUGGGAGAUGAAAGGGCUUACUAGCUAGGUGAUACAUUGCCUCAACAGUCAGUUCUGCUGAUGCAGCUGGCCUCCAUAUGCAAUGUUGGGGAGCGGGCAGAGGGUUUAUUGUACUUUGUUUUAAAGCUAAGACCAGAACUGAGGAUUAUUCCCCAAAUGCAGCCGUAGUACCACCUGGUGGCGAACUGGCAGAAUUUCUCAUGGGUUGCAUGGCCAGUUACAGUCCAGUAACCUUCAUCUCACUUCUGCCUGUGCAGACAGCAUGAGAAAGAACAGGUAUGCGUCUGGGAGAGAGAUGGAUGGGUUUAGUCGUUAAGUAUCCUCUUCUCUCAAUACAACACUGUGUGAACAUAGCUCUUACACAUAAGCAAUUAACCUCAAACAUGGCUUAGAUUAAGCCUUGCCUUUAUGUAAUCUUGUCUUCAGCAGAAGGUUGUGGGGAGUGGAGAAGGAAAAGGGUGUGUUAAUUCAAGGUAAAACCCUACUAAGCACUUACAUUUUUCAAGCAGGUUUAGGCCAAGUUAACACCAGCAGUCAGAUUAAAGAAAAACAAACUUUGUCAAAAUACUGCAGGCAGAUUUAAGCAUCUAAGUCUAAAGCUGUCAUUUAAAAACAAACAAAACCAUUUUUUUUUAAAAACCCUUGUUCAAUAGCCACCUUUCUGGAAGCACCAGCAUCCCAUGGGUAUAUCCCUGCAGUUCCAGAGGAAAGAAGCUUUAAAUCCUGGGCAAUUUAGUGACCUGCUUCAAUAAAAAAGAAACCAGACAAUGUGGUCCCAAAUGGAAGUCAAGUUAAACUGAGGUAUGGUCUCAGCAAGACUCUAAAACAGCCAACACAACUAGGCCAUUCAUAAAAAUAGUUGUAACUGACUCAUUUUUUUAAUGUAUUUUGAAGCAUAGCUCAAGGCAGAAAAGGAAGUGUCUGUAGCAUUUCCCCAGGAAGUAAAAGAUUUGGGCUCAAUACGUCUUCUGAGGCUGAUAGAGUCUUGCAAGACAGUGGCUGCUAUCGGCUUGGUUGGGGGAUGUGCUGUAUAUUACUGUUAAAGCCAACAGAAAAGCAGCUCAGAGUCAUAGAGCUAAAGAAAAAUCAGAGCGGCAGACUGGCAUCAGCCUUAAUACAAAGGGAAAAGGUAAUAAAACCUCAUCUCCAUCCCUGCCCCACGAGCCUGCUCCUCAUAAAAUACUCCAAACAAUGGCUAAGCCAAAACAUCCUCUCCCAAAACAAGAGUCUCCUAAUAAUGAUUUGUUGUGUUGUCCUUCAAAUAUGCAAUUAGAUGAAAUUGCCUUCAGUGAUGAAGGGCUGAAAGACUGACUCUUUCAAGGCACUUGACAGGACAUGAACAGAGAAAGUGCUAACAAGCAAACUGAUAGAAGAGGACUUAAUUGAGACUACCAUCAUGGAAAAAAAAAUAGCAGUAAGUAAGCAGGGAAUUAAUGGAGAGCACCUCAAAGUUAAGGACUUCACUGACAACUGAAAUAAGUUUUUUAUCAGGCCAUGUUUUAUGGGGUAAGUUCUCACAGAGUUACCUGAGAAGUUACCAAAGAAGCAGUUUUUAAAUCCCUAUUUAAAAAAAAAAAAAACAAAAAACCAAAACCCAACCAAACAAAAACCCCAUAAAAACUCCAAAACCCCAACCUAUUAUUAAUUUAUUAACAGAUAUUAACAGAUACUUAUUAUUACUCAUAAAAUGUCAAAUGGCUACAGGCACCUUUGGGAAUGAAAUACUGAAGUUUACAGAGAUUCACAAGGAAAACUUUGUUCAGAAACAAAGGCUGAAUCCUUUGCUGUGUGUGGGGGCUUAUACAAGUCAUGGUCCUCUCUGUUGUGUAAGAUUUUAUCCAAAGGACACUUUACAGUAGCACGUAUUAGCUGAUGGAAUGAUGUCAGCAAUGUGUCCCCAAGUACCUGGGUAUCCCCAGCUCCCCACAGCUGAGCACAAGAGAGGAAUGGCACAGCCAUAAAUGAUGUAUAUAAACCCUUGCAAUUCAAACUCUGAGUGAUGCCAUAAUCAGCAAAGCCUGCUAUGCGAAACACUGUUAAUAAAUGUUUUCCUCCAGCUACACACAAGCAUCCAUUCACAGUGCCUAACGCUGAGAAGUGUACUGAGAGUUAGAGCACAACAUAAUAGCUGGUAGAGACAUCUCGCUCUGAUGCUAAUACUGAAUUUUGAAUAUACUUCACUAAUAUUUAAAAGAAAAAAAUUUAUUUCUUCUUGUCACCUUCUGUACACCUGUGUCAUGUUUGAAAUGGAUCAGAGAUGAGAACCAUGCAUCAAAAAGAAACAUACUAAGAGCAAAAAGCUUCAUGUAUAAAAAAUAACUUUCAAAACCCACUGGGAUCUCAUGACCCUAGAUGCUAAUUAAGCCGUAUGCUUUGAUGUUAGCUCAGCUCCAACUAUUUUUGAAAAAUCCUGUCCUGCAUGCUUUUCAUUUCUGAAUUAUCCAUCACAGGAUAUUCCACACCUUUGUUUGAAGCAUCUUGUACUGGCUGCUCUCAGAAGACUAAGAGAUUGCUGAUUUGGUCCAGAGUGGGAAUUCAGAUCUUUCCAAUUUGCAACGAUGACCAAGACCCACUCUAACCUUAAUGUAAAUGAGUAACUGAACUAACAGCAGAAGGAAGGACUGGUGAUAAAGCUUCUUAACUGCUACAAUUACAGUUAAUGAAAUAUCAAUAGACAGAAGCAGAUAGUAAAAAUACAACAGCAUACUUUGAAUUAACAGUGGGCUGCCCAGUAAAAUGGGACUGUAUUAGAGCAUUCUGCUGGGACAGUUUAUUCCAUUCAUUUGUCUUUUAUUUAAAGAAGUCUCCUGCCCAUCACGUACUCUGGACAACCUUCCCACAAUUAAUAGUCUUACUAUUUUGUCUUUGAUGAGCUUUAGGAAGACAAUGCCAUUUAUUUAAUGCAGAUUACAUUAUACAUUGAUAAUGAAGGAGAGAUUAGUUAAGUCUUAGUUAAUUACUAUUUUCAGUACAGUUCACUAUCAAUUAAUUAUAUUAUCAUGCCAUGGCUAGCAUACGUCUGCUCCCAGUUGGUUAAAUACCUCUGCAACUAUACUCCUACUGAAAUCCACAGCAAAAUUCCCAUUGCGCCAAUAAGCUUUAAUGAAGCCCCUAAGACUCAGGAAAACAAGGCCAGUCAGCUGUACUUUGUGUUGCUUUGCUAGCGUUUACGACUUUAAACUCUGUUCUACAUAUGGUUUGGCCUAUACUUUCAGCUGUGCUAUCUGCCACGUAGGAGUGCACUAAAACAUGGCUUUGAAGGAGUUUAGCAGCUGAAUUUAUGCCAUAACUUGGGUGUAUUUGCUUGAGAAAAAUCCUCAGACUGUAGACAAUGUUUUUAGCAUACAGACUCUUUGAUGUUUGGAAAAGUGGCAAAAAGCAUGCUGGUUAUCAAAUACAUUCUACUGCAGCAGAUAGAGUAACUGAAAUUCAGAUAUGCUAGAGACAACCACUGCAAUAAAAUUUCCAUAUUAAAGAACUGCUGAAAAAUAAGAAUAAGUAUUUUUCAAUAAUACUAUUAUGCUGGGCUUUAAUGGUUAGCUUGACCCCAGAGCUUACCACAGUUAAACAAACCAAUACCACAUAAAACUGCUGCUCAAGACAUUGCUUAGAAAAAUGUGUCUAAUCAUCAUUUUGGGGUUUAUUUAAUUUGUCACCUUUUUCAGUGUUUAAACACCUAAAGACAAGACCUUCUAUACAAAUGCAGCUCUAUAUAUGAAAGUCUCUAAUGAACAUCUACACUCUCAAGUGUUGCUCCUCCCCUUCACAAUAUUCAUCUGCAUUUUAAAUAAAUUGCUGAUCCUUUUCACAAGCAUUUGAAGACAUUGGAACUAUCCUCUGAAUGUAUGUAUCUUUUAAGGAAUAAUACCAAGAUUCUGACAUUCUAACACUAUUUGCUGAAAACCCCAGACACUUGACCACACACAGAGCCUAAGUCAUGCUCCAGAAAUUCCCGAGGUCUGCGUUUGGGGUGCAUAUGACCUUGGGAGAGAGUCAAGGUUCAUUCCUUGAUGCAGCCUCCUCCAGUAACCUAAAGCAUCUAUUCCAUUACUUUUAUUACACUCACAAAGCUUAUUCACUACGUCACUGCCUUCUGUCUCACUAUUAACACCAGCGAGACACAUCAGUGAAGCAUGCCUCAUUAGCCAGAAACUAGUGAUUUAGGGAACAUUAAUGUUCUUUGACCACCCUGUGCUCAAGCAUACGUUUACUGGCUGGAGUGGUUGGUCCAGGGAGGCGGCUGCUUUAAGUCAAGGCAGACAGACCUAUUCUAUAAUGAAGAAAUGGAAUUUCCAGAAUACAAUUCAUGUUGUACAGGGGAUGUUUCUUGCUUUGGGUUUACACACUGUCCUUGUACAGGAGUCUCAGAGUCCAAUUUUUUCUCCAACAUUAUUUCAGAGCACUGCUCUGCUCUAUCAAAAUGAAGCAUCUCCCAACUUAAGUCUUGUCAAUAAAGAUAAAUAUUUUUUUAAAUCUUCUUUUAAUUCUGUCUUACUAAAGCUAGGAGACUUUGCUCCUUUAGAGUGUUACUGUGUAACAUUUUGUUGUCAGCAAAACAAUUAAAAUAAUAUUUGCAAUUUUUAGUAAGUUACUGAAAAGCAAAUCCUUUUAAUCCUCUCAGGUAAAUAAAGUUUUGUCAAAUAAAUUCCUCCAUCCAUAACAUACAGAUUUGAACUUCUCUGUUGAAUGAUUACACAAUAGUCCAUGUAGGUAAGAUCUAGUGUAUUUUUCCUCUUUACUUUGUCCUCCUUAAAAAGAUUCAAUUUUUUUUUGUACAAGACACUAACAAGAAAAAUCCUAUUUUGUUUUCCUAUUCCAAACUAGAUUCAAAAUGUUUCUCUUUUCCUUUAACAUUAAGCUUUUGGCUUUGCAAUUACCACACACCAAAUAGAUCUCAGGAUGUCACCAAAAUGUGUAAUGCUACUAUGAUGCCUGUUUAAAUUUAGGCAUGCAAGUAAUCCGAUUAAAGUCAGUAUCUGCGAAGUCAAGCACAUAAGCCAAAGAAAGGGUUUAAUAUUGUUUCUGUGUUCAGGUUCUCAAGUGCUUUCAGAGCCAUUUCUCUAGCAUGUUGUAUCAUCUGCAUCCCAUUAAAAAAAAAAAACCUAAGAUUACCCUCAGCAUGCUGUACAGAUAUUCCCAGGAGUACCACAGAAAGACUCAGUAUAGACCAGUCAUCUGCCUCUCUUCCUAAAACACUAAGAAUGUCUUAAUAGUCCAAUAAAGAGAACUGACUUGAAUUAUACUAACUACUGAAUUACAGUAGCAGUUCUCUCAUUAUAACAUAAUGCGAGAUACAAGAAAUCACUUAGUGCAGGAACUUGAAUUCAGUACUCUAGCAAAACCCUACCGACUUGGUAAGAGUUUUAUGCAAGUAAGUAUUGAGUGAUUCUUCAAACACUUCUGAAUUAUUAAUCAGGUCUGCAAGCACUUGCAAAACUGGGGUCUGAGAAUUUGGUCCUUUAUUUAUUUAGAAUAAAAGAAAAGGAAACAUUAGUUUACGCUGCAUUUGUUGAAUUUCUGAAUCCAUUGAGAUAAUUUAUUCCUAACAUUUCAAAUUUUUUUUCUUAAUCAUCCCAUAUAGGACCAAUAUUUGUAAUCCCUGUCAUUCCUGGAAUGAAUUUGAGAUUUGGAAUAUAAAAGUAUUUUUUGUUUAAAUAUCUUACAAAAAGAAUCAUUAUACUUCAUGCUCCAAAGCACCCAAUAAUGACUGGUAAGAUUAUGAAGUACCCUAAUUAUCACAUUACUUCUAUAUAAAAUCUUUUAAAAUACAAUAUAGGAGCAACAUAUUUGAUUGAUUACUUUUUGUUUUUCUAAUGUCAGAGCAGAAUAAUGCCUUUAAUGGAUUAAUAAUUUGAUAAACACCUCCUAUGCAAUAACUCCAUAGAGCGCAACACUCUGGAUUAUUAAAAUGUGCUAGGUAGACUAGCCAUAAUUUAAAAAAAUUUCUGCUAAACAAGAAAUGCACAGUUUGACAUAAAGAACAGCUGACUUUAAUUAAAAACUUUAAUUCAAACUAAAAUGAAAUACCCACUAUAAACACAGAAACCACGCUCACUAUACUAGCUAGGCAAACUCACAAAGUAUGUUUUGAAAAGGGAGUGUAUGUAAAUUCAGAAUUAUUUUUUUUUAAAUUACAGUAACUGAGCUAAACCAACAUAUUUCAAAUUUUACAGAAAAGGGGGAGAGGUUGACAACAUACUAAGUAAUUCAAUAGCUUCAUUCACAUGACCUUAGUGUGACUGCAGUUCAAUUAACCUAUACUACCUGAAUAAUUUUUACAAUGGAAAAAAAUACAUUUUUUUAACGUAUCGCUCAUUAGUUUCCUAAUUAUUUCCUCUUCCUUCAGGACAAAUAAAAAGGCAUCUUUGCAGUUUAUCUCUGAACAGGGCUGUGCAUAAUCCUAUUGCAAGAAACAUUAUCAUAGGUCUGCUAAAUACAGUGAUCAGUGUCUUCAUCUAUAGAUACAGCGUAGCAUCUCACAUUGUAAAAAGUAUAUGAAAUGUUGUCAAAACAAUCUAAUAAAAACAUCUGCAACAAAGAAAAAUACAAUGACUAUUUUAUAUUGCAAGAUAUUGUAGUAUAAAUUAAUAGCAUUUCUCAACUCUGUAAAGAAGUCAGGAAUAAUAGUACUCAUAAAUAUCAGGAACGAAGCCCCCAAAUCAAAACAGUAACUUAAAAAGACACAAAACAGAUUUUAGAAGGCUGCAAAGUGCUUUGAAAACAUUAAAACCAAAACUCAACUAUUGCCUCCAAAUUUCUUGCUAUGAGCUUUAUUUUUUCACAUCCCAUCCUGAAGGGCAGACAAUGCUGAAUUUAUGACAGAUUAACAGAAUUUCUCAGAUAUAUAUAUUACAGGUUUCACUCACUUGCAUUAAAUCCCCUGUAGCUUCUCUACAUGGCCUACUCUAGAAAAAAAAAAAACAAUAAAAAAAUAGCUGUUUUCUCCUACCUGUACAUUCAGUAUUAUUUACAAUGCCUUGAGAGAGAAAAAGAUGUAAUGGUACAGUUACGCCAAAAUAUCCCACAUCAAUCCCAGCUGUUCUACUGACAGUACGAGUACCAAAACAAAGUUACACUAACUUUCACAAUUACACAUUAAUUUUUACAACUAUCACACAACAACAACAAAGUUAUCAACUCUAUAAAUCACAGGAAAAAAUUAUGUAUUUUUAAUUUUUAAAGAAAAACAAAGUUACUACUAAAAAUGUAUUUUUUACCGUACCUCCUUUUAAUUUUUUUUCCAGAAAGCUGAUCUUAACAGGUUAUAAAGAAAAUAAUUUCUUCAGCCACAUGCCUUUGUAUUUUAUUUUUAUUUAAAAUAAAAAGUCACAUAAAUGACAAAAAAAAAAUUAUUUUGGCCAUUUGGCUCCCUCCCCCAAAUUGACACUUUAUAAAAACCUUCUGUACUUUUUUUCCCCCUCCCUCUCUCCCUCUCUACUACCUCCAAGAUGGUAGGAAAGUUGUUGUUUUGGAGGGCAGAGGAGCCGCGCUCUGAUGUUAUGUCCUCUCAGUGCCUGUAGUGGUGCUGUAGGAGGCUGCUGGCUCUCUUCUUGAGCAGCCCCAGCAGCCCUGCCUUCUUUGCUGGAGAAUAUAUUCAGGGAUUCCCCUUAAUAAUCACCUACCCUCUGAGCACUUUGUAGUUUUAAAAUAAUAAAGAGCCCCCAAAGCUUCCUCCCCACAAAAAGCAGGAUCUUCUCAGAGCCAGGGGGGCAGCAGCUCCUCAGCACAGAGCCCGAGCCCAUUCCCAGUCCCUCUGCUGGGGAGGAAACUCUGAUCUGUCAGCCCAACAGAGGGAAAGGGGGGAGAGGAGAGAGAGGAGAAAAAAAAAGCAGCUGGAAAGGGACAAGAACGUCUGGUAGUUGUGAAGUGAGUCCACUGGAAAACCCACCAACGUACUUCACCCCGCACAGACAAUCUGCUUCAUCUUGAUUCAUCAUCAUUCCAGGAUAGUGGUGUCCUUGGGGCUCUCUCUUAACAUUGAUAUGGUACAGAAGAUUUAAAAUCAGCUGAUGUUCACAAGGAAUAGAGUCACGUGAUGUAUGAAGGCAAACACAUACACUUCUCUGAGGUUGACAAUAAGCCCUUGUGCUCAUAUAGCCCCAAACUGUGCAAGCAGAGGCGACUUAACGGCUACGCCUUCUGUAUCAGACACGUUCUGGAGGACAAGACUGCCCCCUUCAAGCAAUGUGAAUAUGUGGCCAAGUAUAACAGCCAACGCUGCACCAACCCCAUCCCCAAAUCUGAGGAUCGUAGGUACUGCAACAGCCACCUGCAGGUACUUGGCUUUAUACCGAAAAAGGAGAGGAAGAAAAAGAAUGAUCCCAUAGAGGAAGUAAAGGUCAGGCAUCAGAUGGAUGCUAUGGCCUUCAGUCUGACAGUGCCCACCCUGGCCUUGAAGAUGCCCAACGGACUGGACGGGAUGUCCCUCUCCCCUCCAGGGGCUAGGCUUCCUCUCCACUACCUGGAGGCAGAAUUAGAAGACCCCUUUGCUUUCAACGAGGAGGAUGAUGACCUAAAGAAAGGGGCAACAGUGAGGAAAAAGUUGCAGAGCAAGUUGGCUCAAAACCGGCAGCGCCAGAGAGAGACAGAGAUUUUAAAAGUUCGCCAAGAGCACUUUAGCCCCCUUCCUGCACCUUUGCAGCAGCAGCCUCUGCAGCAGCAGCACUCCCAUCUGCCACCUUCAUCAGCUUCGUUAAAGCCGACAGGGCUACCGCAGGGCGUAGUCUGCAAGUCACCUCAACCUCCGAACACCAGCCUACCAAUGCAGGGAGUGGCACCCACCACACACACUAUAGCACAAGCCCGGCAGUUGUCUAACAAGAGACCUCUGCCUCUCCUGCCACCCGCUAGGGCUCCUGUCACGGACCCUGCAAGGACUGAUCGGGUCCUCAUGAAAGCCACAGCCUUCUCUCCGCACUCGUCCUGCAUGAGCCGGCUACAGAGACUGGUGAAACUGUGCACUCGAAAACAGCAGCUGGACACUGAUCUGUUUCCACAUUUAGGGCUGGAUUGGUCUGAAGACAGUGGAGAAGAGUUGGAGGAUUCAGAGCAAACCUCCCCUUACCAGGUUGCGUGGUCUAUCCGAGAAACCCUUGGCUAUGAGAGACAUGAGUCCGAUGAUGACAAUGCAGAUGACAGGAGUUCCAGGGUGACCAGACUUUGCACUUACUUUCAGCAGAAAUACAAGCACCUCUGCCGCCUGGAGCGGGCAGAAUCUCGUCAGAAGAAAUGCCGGCAUACACUCCGGAAAGCCUUGCUGCAGGCGGCCAGCAGAGAGCCGGAGCGUGCUGGGCAACUGAUACAAGAACUCCGAAGAGCUACGUGUGCUCGUACCAGCACAAGCCAAGCAAGGCAGAGAGAUGCAGAGCCAACAACUUGUAGUGGGACUUCGAAGGGAGAGCAGUGCACUAACCAGGCCCUUCCAUACACCAGGCAUUGUUUUCAGCAUAUCUUAUUGAACCGUUCUCAGCAGCUCUUCUCAAGUUGCACAGCCAAGUUUGCGGAUGGUCAACAGUGCUCUGUGCCAGUUUUUGACAUUACACAUCAGACACCUCUGUGCGAAGAACAUGCCAAAAAAAUGGACAAUUUCUUGAGAGGGGACAGUUCCCGUAAAGUUCAGCACCAGCAGCAGAGGAAACCCAGGAAAAAAACGAAGCCACCUGCACUUACCAAAAAACACAAGAAGAAGAGAAGGCGAGGCCCACGCCGGCCCCAGAAACCCAUUCCUCCUGCAGUGCCCCAAGGGAACCUCACCAUGCCUGCCAGUGUCUCACUGCCAGUAGAGAUGCCCCAUAUACGGAGCCCCUCCACACCAGAGCUGAGUGCCGAUGAGCUGCCUGAUGAUAUCGCCAAUGAAAUCACAGACAUUCCACAUGACUUGGAAUUGAAUCAGGAGGACUUCUCUGAUGUCCUGCCGCGGCUGCCCGACGACUUGCAAGAUUUUGAUUUCUUUGAAGGUAAAAAUGGAGAUCUCCUUCCGACUACAGAAGAGGCUGAAGAACUGGAACGGGCCCUACAGGCUGUAACUUCUCUUGAGUGCCUGAGUACCAUUGGAGUACUUACACAGACAGAUGGUGUGCCAGUUCAGGAGCUGUCAGAUAGAGGGAUAGGGGUGUUCUCUACAGGUGCUGGAGCUCCGGGAAUGCAGUCCUUGAGUCGAGAGGUUAACACGGAUCUGGGGGAGCUGUUGAAUGGGCGUAUGGUACAUGAUAAUUUCUCCGGUCUGGAGCUGGAUGAGAACUUGCUCCGUUCUGCUACCUUGUCCAACCCACCAACGCCCCUGGCAGGGCAGAUCCAGGGGCAAUUCUCAGCCCCAGCCAACGUCGGCCUUACUUCUGCCACUCUGAUAAGCCAGAGUGGCCUUGGGGAGAGAGCCUUCCCAGGACAGUUUCAUGGACUUCAUGAUGGCAGCCAUGCCUCCCAGAGGCCCCACCCUGCCCAGCUGCUGAGCAAGGCAGAUGACCUGAUCACCUCACGACAGCAAUACAGCAGUGACCAUUCACACUCCUCACCCCAUGGAAGCCAUUAUGAUAGUGAGCAUGUGCCGUCUCCCUACAGUGACCAUAUCACAUCCCCUCACACCGCAUCCUUUUCCGGUGAUAACUUGGCAGCUACCUUCUCAGCAGAGAUGCCCAUGAUGGCACAGCACUUGCUCCCAACUCAGCUGGAUGUGCCACUUAGCGGGGUGGUCAACCCCAGAACUCACUGGGGAAAUCUUCCUGUCAAUCUUGGGGACCCCUCUCCGUUUAGCAACCUUCUUGGUGCAGAUGGACACCUCCUGUCCACCUCCCUGUCCACACCACCUACCACCUCGCACUCAGAGACCACACAGCCUGCCUUCGCCACUGUGACCCCCAACAGCUCCAGUGUGCUUCCGGGGUUACCGCAGACCAGUUUUAGUGGCAUGGGUCCUGCCUCCGCUGAACUCAUGGCCUCCACCUCCCCUAAACAACAGCUCCCUCAGUUCAGCGCAGCCUUUGGGCACCAGCUGAGCUCCCACAGUGGCAUCCCCAAGGACCUGCAGCCCAGCCACAGCUCCAUAGCUCCUCCCACGGGCUUCGCAGUGACCGGUGCCACCGCUACCAGUACCAAUAACGCAUCCGCGCCCUUCACCACCUCCAACUGAGCUUGUCUGCCUGGCUCUGUGCAGGUAGAUGGGGGACCUGUGUUUUCUAUCUUUCCUUUUUUCCUUCUUCUUUAUAUUUUUUCUGUCCUCCCUUCCCUUGUUUUUUUUUUUCAAGAGGGGGUUGAGAAGAAAACCCCUGCUUCAGUACUGACCAGGGUUAGCCCUCUGUGAACCUUGCUGUAGCGUUCACAUGUGCUUGUUAUGCACCGGUGCUCAUUUAUUGCAGGCAGGUUCACCGUUCCCCAAUAAUUCCUUAAGGAUACAGCACAGUUACUGGAUGUAAUUGAUCUUAGCAGUAAGACCUAGAAAUGGGAAGAUACCUCAGAUUACUGAUGCAUGUUACUGUUUCCUAGGGUUCGGAUCAGUGCUUGCCAUCCCAUUAGCAUCUGGUGGAAAGUUUUCCAGUGGGCAGAAGUAUCUUGAAUAUUUUUUUUUUAUUUACCUUUUUUUCCAAAGGUAGCAUCUGGCAUGGAAAACUUGGCUGCACUCAUUGAUUUGAGAAUGGUGCACUGAAGUCCUAAAUCAAGAUCAUGGUUCAAGGAUGAGUUUGGCAGUUUCUUAAAAUAGUCUCUUGACCUCCUCUUUGUGCAUGUGUGUGUUUGGGGUGCAGGGAGCAGCAGUUCCUUUUCUUCUUUUGGUGAAGAAGUGGGAGUUGUCCCCUUCCAGAACUGGUCACUGUUCUUACUGCAUGCUGAUUUUUGUUUUUUUAUUAUGAUGAUUUUUAAUUCAUUGAGCAGCAAGGGGAUCAGUUGACUGGUUGCCCAGAAAUCCAAAGGCUGAUGUGAAGUUAGCCCAGGGAAGAAAAGAAAGAAAACCAGAAAGAUUGAAAUAGAUCAUGGAUUAGUAAAGAUUCCUGUGCAGAAAUUCCCUCCCUUGCUGAAUUACUGUGGCCUUGUAGCAUUGAUGAUUUGCCUUUUCAAGUGUGGCUUUGUCCAGAACUCCUUGUCUGACAGGCUGACAGGUAUUUCCCAGCUGAAACUGGAAGAAUUUUUUGGUAUUCUGCCCAUCCACACAAGUCUAGGUCAGACCCUUUGGUAAGUUUCAAAUGGAUGCAAAUUAUGGCUAGCUACUGAGACUUUCUUGGAUGUUUUUUUUUUCCCCUGGGAGCCAUAUAGUUUUUUUCAACACUUGUAGGGUUUGAUGCUCUGUAUGGGAAGCUGAAUGUAUGUAAGGAACUAGCAGGUACCUAUCAGCAGUCAUGGCUAACCAAGAGAGAAAUCACUAAAGGAAAAUAGAUAAGAACUCCUUCUGUUUGCAGGACAGUUUUGCUUUUACUGCCCACCUGCUAAAGAAAGUAUUCAGACUUUUUGGUAGUAAUUUCAGUUCUUAAAGGAAGGAGUCCACUAGCUUUUAGAUAUUUUUUUUUAACUUUAUUUUAUUUUAUUUCAUGUUUUUUAAUCCAACAGAUAACAGCAGCAGAAAUUCUGAGGUGUUUACUUGCAUCUCAUUAUCAGGAAGGGAAAAAAGGAAUUUGCUUGUGACUUUUUAGGGCUCAAACUUGCUACUAUACUCUGACUGUAAAAAUAGCUCCUACUUAAUAUAACAAAUCUUGACUCUUCUUGGUUUGUUUCUGAGAUGCAGAUGAGAGAGAAUAGAAAAUCCCACAUUUCAAUCUCUUACUGUAGAAGACAGAUUUCAUUCUACCUUACAGUAAAAUGUCCUACCUGCACGUAUUCCAGUCUAAUUCAGGAAAUUAAGAGAUACCAAGCACAUGUAGUAGGGAGGCCUAAUAAAUUGUUUGAGCAAGGGAUCACUGAAUGAAGUUUAGUUGCUAUAGAAAUUUCAUUUUGUUAGCAGUCAGGCCCACACCAAAAUCUCUGACCCAAACCUCUCCUUCCAUCUUGCUAAGGAAGAAUUUAAAUGGGAUAGGUCUUGUGUCUUCUUACUAUCGUAGCAAUCAUACUACCCUCUUUUCUUGAAAGGUUUGUUCUCCUUAAAUAUAAAGGAGUAUGGAUGAUGCAUAUGUCCUUUUCUGAAAUUGCAAGUGUAUGUGGGUGGAGGAAACAAAAAUGAUUUUCAUGCUUCUGUUGUUAUGAAGUCCUUAUUUCAUACUUGGUAAAAUAGAUCUUAAUAAUAUAAGCCGAAUAUUUUUAAGUGGUGAUUUAAAUAUGUUUGUAACAUUUAAAUGUUUUUAAAUCAUGUAAAAAGUUGAAUUGAAGCCUAUGAAAUCCUGCUUGUGAUUGUCCUGCUGAUUGAGGAAUGCCCAGUGGUAUUGUGAAAUGAGGCAAAUCUGACAAGGCAUUUAUUUAUUUUUGUAUUAUGUUCCCCAUACUUUGUUGAGGAGACAACUGUUUGAUUUGCAAAUGAUUUUCGUUGUGUCCGUAUACCUUCUUCAAUGUGUUUGAAUGAUUGGCUGAAAAAGAGUGGAGAACUAGUAUACCAAAUGGUUAAUUCUUUAAUCCGCUUGUGUAUUCAUGUCAUUUUAGAGGAUGUUAAUUUCUUUAAAUUGGUUUCAGGACCUUGGUCUUGAAAUCAUUCUUGUGCCCAUCAAGCUCUUUAAUGAAGCUGCAGCUAGUGCAGAGUAUAUUUGCUCCACAUCACAUUUCUCUUUCUUAGUAAAUGCCGUCGGGGAAGGGAGGAGAGGAACUGAGAGCCAAGUUCUGCUUGCUCACUUUGGUAUAAAUUACAGAGGAGCUCUUUGGUCAAAGGUCACUGAGUUUUUACUGGUCUAACUCAGAACAGAACCCAGCUCCUAAUCUGAGCAUUUAGACAGGGAAUUUCGAAAGCUGUCAAAGCUGUGCAGGUCCAUAAUUCCCAUUUGAAAUCAACGGCCAUUAUGUACCUGCAUUCCUUUAAGGCAGCCUAGGAUAUCAACUCUCUUCCCUUGCUUAGACUUCAAUUUUUGUAUAUCCCUUGAUGACUCUUCCCUGGAAAGUGACUACGUAACACUUUUCAAUGAGCAAACUAAGUUUGCAAUAAAGCUGCACUUUUAAAAAUAAACUUCAGUUUGUAUACGUUUGAAACAGGAAUCCCUUUGUCCUGUCUGACACAGAGUUCUGAAAUGGGCCACCACUCUUGCCUUUUCCUGGUUCACCUCCUGCUUUUUCACUGCCACUGAUUUCAUAGUUACAGCCUACCAAGCAGUUACGGGUCUUGAUCUUAGCUUUACAAGGUGGAUCAUUCCAGGUGGGCUUCUACACCCACACAACCUGUUGACUUCAGUGAAUCAGUGUCUUACUGUUGGAUGUGAGAGAUCCAGUCUGAGAGGUAUGUGCAGCCAGAGAUGUUUCACACCUUUCCCUCUCGGAAAUACUGCAGGUCUGGUUAAGGUAGUCCUCAAGGCUGUUAAUUAUACGGUUCCUGAGUAGAAUCCAUGCUCUCUUGCAAAGGUUUUUGAGUAUCAUCUCCUCGUAUAGCAAUUAGCACUCUAAUCACCCUUUCAUCAAAGAGCAAGUGUAGCAAUUUCAGUCCAUUGAUUUGAGAUGGUCGAUACCUGUCAUGCCCUUUACGUGUUAACAAAUGGAAUAAAGCUAGUUGAACCUAAAAGUUAAUUUCUUUACAUAAGAUUUGAGUUUUAAAGAAUUGAAAAAAAAUUAGAAUAAAAUACCAGUAACAUCAUUUUUGGUAGUAAUAGCACCUCAAUUAGUCUUUGUACAAAAGUACUUAACACAAGAUGAACUUUGAUAGUGUACAGAGGCUCAUCAGAAACAUCCUCGUGCUGGCCUGAUGUGUAAGACACCCUGUAAGACAUACUUUGAUGUUUCCUUUCACUUAGGAGGACUUUACACCAGCUUUGAGGGGAACCACAUGCACUUAGAUACCUUGAAGUUGAUCUGUUCUUUGGCCUCAUAACUACUAUGAUGCAAGAAGAUCGAAAAGAUGCAUCUUUUUGUCUACUCCUUCCAGUUCCUCCAGGUUCUUGAUUAGUUCUCUUCUCAUUAGUAGCAUGCUUCUCUCUAUGGUUGGCCAUAAGAGCUUUAAGUCAGUAAUGCUUAGAGGUAGCACACUUGCAAGUCUGCCUCAGGUAUUGUGGAGAAGGUGGCAACAGCUACAUUUCCCACUUCAUUCAGCAGGUUAGUGAAAUGAGGAUUUGCAGUUCUCAUUUUGAAAGCAUUGGAAGGCCCCAAGAAGCUUAUCACCUGCUAGGCAGAAAUCAAAGAUGGUAUUAGAAGUACAAACACAAGGAAAAAAUGUCAAAGGAGGGUUAUCCAUAAUAGCAAAGAGAAGCCAAUGGAAGUGAUUUGGGUUUUUUUCUGGGGGGAGGGCGUUGUUGUUUAGGUUUUUUUAGAGGGAGAUGGAUAUUAGUUGAAAAAUUGGGAAGUUCUGUUGUGAGCUGUUAUGCACAGUGUGAUGCCACUGGCUUCAGGGGCAUGGCCAAGGCGAAGGGCCUAGGAUUGAACCUGCAAACCAGUAGCCCAAUUCAAUUUGAAGCUUCAUUGUGCUGUAACUACAUCUAAAUACAGUCUGGGAUUGAAUCUGUUUGCCAGGAGAGUCUCAUGAAGGAGUACAAUAAACAGUGGACGGGUGUCUUCCCUGAGAAGCUGGCCCUGAUGGCUACACGCACAUGGUGUUAUUCUGCUUCUGAACCCCAACAGUGAGCAGAAUCCACUGGUGAAUUCUCCAACAGUAUGAGCCUUUGGUGAAGGGAGGAGGGAAAUAUUUUUAGAAGAGCCAGCUACCUGCAGUUGAAUCUUUCAAGACCUGUAGGGCGCAGGAACGGUGGCAGGAGGUGCUUUCAGCAGACAAACAACCUGCAGUGAUGUUCUGCAGAGAGGCGUUUGUGUGGUUGUCUGGGCAGCUUCCCUGGUGGGAUGUUGCCUUUUGCUUUUGUGUUUUUACCGUCACAUGUGAAGGAGUCUCCUGUGCAGACCUGUUGCAAGAUCUGGUGGUGGUGGAAAAAUUAACUGAAGGAAUAGUUUUGGGCUAAUGUGCUGACCAGAUGUUUAGUCACAAGGUCUUUCUGAUCUCUUAGGUAACAUUUAAUGAUGGGGUGUUGUGGGCUGCUUCUCAUAUCUCCUUUAUUUCCUUACUAUCUACAUUGUUCUUCAUUCUUUCUUUUAUUCUCCCAUUCUCAGAUACUUCACCAAUGUAAGUAAUGCCAACCGGUAAGUCUUCCGUGGUCCUGAGUGAAUCUGGCUGUAAAACGAAAAGGAGGAGAGAUUCCUGCAAUUCAUAACGUACAUUUUGGAUGCUAGAACAACAGUGCAAUAGAUCAAAGUAUUUCUCAGAUCAGUGAGUAAGAUGAUGUUUCGCAGCAUGCUAAUAUGUCAUGAACUAGAUGCUGAGAGUACAACUUUGAUCAAUGGAGUGCACACGUUAGCAGUGAAUGUGCAGGUGUUUUUAGCAAGUUUACCUUCUCACAGGUUCCUCUUCUUUGAGAAGUGCAUCAGUAGAAAGUCAUGAAUAAAAAUUUAACUUACUCUUUUUAAUGCCCACAAGCCCAAAUAAAAGUAAGGAGGUUUGCUGGAAAAAUCUACGUUUGUGUUUACUAAACUUAAACUUGGACUUUAGGAGAGGUCUGGUCAUGAGAGAUCUUAGCUCUAUCAGGUAAAGUUUUUGUUUUGUCUUUAAAACUAGACAAAAACACUGUUGUAGGGAAAGAAAAAUUUGGUGGAGGAGGAGUUACAAAAGAUGUGUCUUAGAACAAUUUUCUCACUCAUGUCUUCAGCCAUUUAAAAAAAAAAAGAAAAAAAAAACCCCACAGUGACUGUUUUGGGAGCUUUUCCCUUUGCUGUUCUGCUACUUCUCAUGGUUGUUGAGUUCUUUGCUUUCCCCUGUUUUACUCUGCUUUCACAUACUCCUUCUCUGGCUACAAUGGAAUAAGGUAGUGGAAGCAUAAAAGAAGAAAGCGGGCUUGGCCCUAGAUUGACAGCAAUAGUUGGAGAAGGCUUUCUUUUUCUGUCUCCUUGAAUUAAGUGUUGGCACCUUUUCAGUCUACUCUGGCUCAUAGAAUUUGGUUUGGAAGGGAACAGGAUGAAACUUGGACUUUUGACCUUAAAACUGUACUUACUCGAUGUAGAAAAAUGCAUUCUUCCUACUCCUUCCCCUUGCUAGUCCCCCAAACGCAGUGAGAUAUCCAGAGUACCCGUGUAUCGACCGCAUACGCGUGUUGAACUUGGUCCGGUAAUGCUAAUGUUUUACCUGCUUUCUGUCAUAGUCAGCCAGUGCCCACGGAGAUAAACUCUGGAUAGGUAACUUUCCCAGAUAUCCUCUGGAAAACUUUAACUUCGGUGCAGAUUGCUCUGACGUAGCUGACUGUGGUGGCAUUGGCUUCUACCUUGGAGUGGACUGAUUUACCCUGAAAUGACUCUCUAACCUGCAUCUUAAACAGUGUAGCUGGUUCCAGUGCAAAUAGAUUCAUUCUGAAGUGAUGGACAGUUCAAUUCUCAUGCAAAAUAGCUACAUCCUACCAGAAGGGGUUGAACCAGUUUCUCUGAACAGUGAUGACCUUCACUGUACAGUUUUGGGUAUGUCUCAGGGAUUCCUUGUGGAAAUAAGGGCAGUUAACAAAAAAAAAAAAAGUAAAUAGUUUUAAAAGUAAAUAAUAAUUUAAGGUAGAGCGUCACCUAAGUGAGAGCGCAAGAAGUAGAAAUCUUUGUUCAGUUUUAUAGUCCACAGUGUCUGGCUUAGGGACUCUUUCUCUUCUCGGGGCUCUCAUCUCAAGUUCAACAUACAGAAUCUUUUUCAUCACGCUCAGCUUUAAACUUUUUAUUUAAAGAUACCCUUCCCCAAUGAGCUUUCAGAAUACUUAUUGUAGAUUUUAAGAGAAAUGGUAUAUUAAUUUAUGCUAUUAACAUCACCUCAUAAAUUAUAAGUUUUAUACUAAAGCUGUAUUGAGUGUAAUGAAUUAUGUUGCAUAUGUGUUUUUAAUAGCUAUAAAAUUAUAUACAAGCUUUUUUGGAAAAACAAACUAGUGAAGCACCUUUUUACACUGGAUCUUUGCCGUGUCAAGGUGUACAGCUAUUCUUUGCUACCUUGCAGAUAUCUAUAUCUAUAUAUAGAUAUAUAUAUAAAUAAAAUAAAAUGGUAUCCUGUAUCAACAAAGCAUAGAACUCUUUUUAACCCUUAUAUUACUGUUCCUAUAACUCUUUUUAAAUUUUAUUUUGAUGUUACAUUCUGCAAUAAUUUAUCCGUGGUUUGUACCUAUGAUUAGAAAUUUAGUUACAGGGUAAAUAGAUCAAAUUAAACAAAUCCAACUACUGUAGCUGGAAGUUGUGAAAUAAGUUUGUAAGAUCUUUUCUUUUUUUUUAAAUGUAUUUAUUUCCAGUUAGCUCUGUGAGUUGGAAUUUGAAAAGUCAGAACAUUAGGAAUCUACAGUGUCUUAUUCAGGAAUUUUUCCCCUCCUUUCCUCACAAAGGAAUUCCCACUGUGACUUAUAAAUAGAAUUAGACUGCUUGUGUGCAUGUAUGUAUUAUAUAUACACACAAAAAAUAUGCAUUGGGGGGGGAUGUAUGUGCGAUACGAAUGUGUAUAUUGUAUGUAGGUCAUAGUUUUGUAAAGAGAAAAGUAGUUGAGAGGUGAUGGAAUGUAUUGUAGAAAUGUGAUUAUUUAGUAGGGGGUUGUUAUGUCCUCACUGUUGUAUAAAUAACUGAAACUCUCUACUACAUAAUCUUCUGUUAUAAGGCUAACUCUGAUAUCAUGUCAAUUUUACUGUUUUUUAAAUGAGUUGCAUUGAGCCCUGUUUAAAAUGCCAUGAAAAUACCAAGCUCCCAAAGACAGCCUUUAAAUAAAACAAGUGGGAGAGGAGGAGGGAUGAGAGAAAUGAGUGAUAUUUUUCAGGAGAAAUUGAAAUGGGAAGGUCUGCAUUCGGUGGGAUGGGGAGGCAUGGGAAUUGCUGUAUCUUUGCAAAUUAAUACUCCUAUGGUCUGACUUGGAAAAUGUCAAUCAGUGUCCUUGUGUUUUCAAAUUAGGUUGUAAGGGGCAGUGUUUGUGGGGUCAUCUCCAUUCUGCAAAAGGAUCUUGUCUUCAAAGUAGAUUCUUUUCUUUCCUGAGGGUCUUGGUGUGUAUUCAUUUUUCCCCAAAAUUGCUGUUGUGGGAUUGCAGAACAAAGUACAAUUUCAAUCCAGGGAGUUUCACUUGUGCUGUGAAAUUCUGAAUUUAAUUAUGGCCACUUAACUUUUUUUUUCAUAAUUGCAGAAGGAAGAUUUCUUUAUGGGAGUUCUCACUUGAAACUGUGAGAAAUCUGAAACAUUCUUACAGAUUGGCUUACUCUUCAUACUGUUCUAUUUCGGCUGGAGAAAGUAACCUAAUUGUUAUUUAUUCAUACAGUAUCACUUUUAAUGAUGAUGAUCCUGGUGACUUUAAAAAUCUGUUUAGAAAAACAGACCUUCCAGUAUUGCACAGACAUUUGAAUUUCUUGAAGGCUUUUCUUAAGCAGUUGUAAAUCAAAUCUUAAUUUUCAAUUUUAUUUUUUUUUAAUCCCCCUCCCUAUCAGUGUGUUGAUACCCCCCUGGCAUUCCUUCCCCUUUCCCCCUCCCCACAAUUUGUUUCUGGCACAUAUGCAUACAAGUGAAAGGGCAGGGAGGUGGAAGUUGUCAGAGGCCUUUCCUUCUGCUUAUUAGGUGGUUAAUGGGAGUUAGCAGCAUAAAUCUUUAUGCCUUUAUGGGAAAGAAUAGACCCAUUUUUGUGUAUACCUGUACAGAGAGAUAUAUCUGUAUAUGAGAUGUUGGUAGCACUUUGCUGAAUGUGGACUUGCCCUCAUGAUGUACAAUAAAUACGUAUGAAUGCAAUCAAUCUAAAUCUAUAAAUACACGCAUACAGAUGUAUAGAUGCAAUUUACGUUGUAUCACACACAUGUACAUUAGUUGUAACAUGAGUGUGUGAGCUAAAGAGAGAGACUAUCCACGUAACAUAUGUGUAGCAGGUAAGCACUUGUGCCAAACAAGGUUGUUUUAAUUCUGAGGGAUUUGGAUGACAUCAGCGACUGAUCUGAGCUCGGUCACCAUUGAUUUGUGUUACCUCAGCCCUCACAGUGGAAUUUCCUUGGUACGUUUCUGCUUUUGUUCAUUCUGUAUUAAUACUUGUUGAGGCCUCUUGCAGUGCCGACCUCUUCUGCUUCUCUGCUCCAUUGCUUCCAUUCCAGCUCCCCUUUGCCCCCACAUCUCUAGAGUUUCUUGUGCUAGCAGCAGUCAGCUUUAAUGGCCCAAUCCAGCUCUGCUUAUGCAUUGGGGAAAUUCUCUUGGUGACAAUAGUGGCAGCUGAAUUGGGCCCUAAGCACUUGCUUGAACUUACUAGAAUUUCCCAGCUAUUCAAUUGUGCUUGAGUACGACUGUGAUUGAUUUGCAGAUGAACACAAACUUUUCUUAGAACCUGAUGCAAAGCUUCCUAGCACAUUAAAAAGUUAACCCAGCAUCGUACUUUAGAGGUAAAUGUUCAAAAUGAAACGCAUCCACUGAGAAUUACCUGCAAUUUUCAGCCCCAGAGAGGAAAAGGGAGUUUGGUUUGUGUUUUCCGUAAUGCAGGCAGUAAGCAGAAGGCAGCCCUGUGCUCUGUUCUGAGCAGUGGGGUUGUCAUCAAACAUAUCAGGAGAAACACUGCUCACUACAUUUUACCAUUAAAUAGAUUUUAAAACAAGCUGCAGAGUUGACCAUUAACAUGCUAGCACUUUGCAUCUAAUUGUGUAUUGAAUUACUUCGCUUAUGCAAGUAAAUUGUGGUUUUAAGUAUUUUAUUUUCUGUUUUCUGGCUAAAUGGAGCUUCUGUAUCCUUUUAGCAGAAAGCAGCUGUCAGAAACCUGCUCAGUCACAUUUAAGCACUAUUGAAACUCCUGGCUAACUUAGGCUUCAGUUUCAAUGGAGAAUGCUGCUCCAAUUCUGUCAUCGAGCCUUACUGCAUUCCACAUUUUCAGUAUGGAUAUGGCACGGUUUUUCUUGGCCACAAUUCAGCCAUGGAAUUUUGUCUUCCUUGCAUUUCUGUUAGAAAAAGGUAACUGGUGUAACUGUUCCACCUGAGCUUUCAUGCAAUCAUACAUGAUGAUUUCUAGAAUACAUAUGUUUGGGCGUGUGUAUGGGUAUGUCUGUGUACUGUGUGCGUAUAAUAUAUAUUUAUACGCACACAUAUAUUACGCUAUUUUAGUUUAUGUAUGUGGAGAACGUACUUGUUGGUUCUCUCCUGAUAUAUACUCAUGCAUACGUAUAUUAAAUAUGUAUAUAGAGUGUAGAUGUCCUGCAUAUACAUGUGUAUAUGUUAUGAACCUUGGUUGGCAAUUUUUUCCCCACUUUUUGCAAAUUGCUGUCCCUUAUGACAUAUUUUCACUGAAGCUGCAUUAUAUAGAAGAAAUGGAGAAAUGUGUUAUCAAAGUUUUAUUUUAAAAAGGAGACUUUUAAUUAUCUAAAGCCAUUUGUAACUGUCUUUUGAAUUUUUACUAGAAGGGUUGUUAUUUAAAAAAAAAAAAGAAAAAAGAAAAAAAAAAAGAAAACAGAAAACCAAAAGCAAGCAGACAAGCCCUUACUCCCACCAUCACUUAAAUGGACAUAAGAAAGAAAUGGAAACACAAGUUUCUAACUAUUCAUUUCCUUCAGGGGUUUCUGAGGCAUACUGUAAUCACAUUCUGCCCCAUCCCCCCUUUUGUCCAAUUACAAUUAAUGAUUCAUGGUUUCUUUUACAUAGCUUUUCCCCCUCAUUACUUUUGUAAAUCAUUGUUCACCUCCUACAUUCAAUAGUACUGAUAUCACUAAGGAGAUUUCAUGUCCUUCUGUCCUUUUCAGGAGAAAUACCAGUGCAUCACUAUUGUGUUACAUUUUAACAUACUUUGUGGAGGAUGGAUGUUUUUAUUGAAGAUGUCUGUAACAAGUCUUUAACUUAAUGUGAGAAGCCUUCAUUGGAAUCUAUCAUUUGUUUGUUUCCAAUAAGUUUCUGCAACUGUUUUAAGUAGUUCCCUUAUUUGAUGUCUGUGGUUUUAGGGUUUGGGUUUAUUGUUGUGGGUCUGGGUUUUUUCCCCCUUCAAUUCCCCAAAAUGUUUUAUCUGCAAGUGGAGCAAAACAGAUGUCAGCAUCUCAACCAAUCUCCUUUUUGCAAUUAAGGGUAAAUGUCCUAGAUUCAAUAAAAGAGAAGGUGGCAAAUGGACAAUCCAAAGUGCUUAGAGGGAAUGCUCACUCUUUUUAAGGCUGUCUCAGAGAAGUUUGUGUUUGGUGUCAUUUUAAAGGUAGCUUGAUCACGCUUUGAUAUCAGAAACAGCCUUGUAACAAAGAGCCUCGUAAAGUUGUUUGGCCACUAGAGUUUAAAAUGUAAACAAGUUGCAGUGGGAAAGCAUAGGUGAGGCAGUGUAUUUUGAACCAGUGAAUUGUAGCUUGCAAACGUACCUGAUUUUGAAGUAACUGCAUGGUAGCAAGGAUUAGCAGUCUCUUACACCCCUUCCUUCUUCCCUCUCAUCCCCGACAUGUGUUCAGCAUACCAUACAUUGGGAAAAAUAAAUUACUUCAGCAAAGCUAAAUCCACUUAAUGACUGCUUAAAGGGAACAUACAAACUUGUAUUGCCGCAUCCCGUCUCAUGGUAUUAGCUGGAAGACUAGCUAAUACGCACAAAAAGCCUGGUCCAGGUUGCUUCUGCAGAUGUCUCGCUUUUGGAGAGUGCGGUGCAUGGGGGAUGCCCGAGAAGAAGGUUCCCUGCCUACGUGGUCCCCAGCAGCGAUAGCAACUCACACUACUGCUUCUAGUGCUGGAGGCUCACAGACAGCAUUCCAGGGACGGGUAGGAAAGCUUGCGUUUGUACUUUCCCUUUAAAUAGGAAAGGUUGGCUCACAUGUUCCUCAUACUUCUCAAUGAAUGUACUGUAUUACCAUUUAAAAAAAAAAAAUCAAUGAAAUGAUAAUAGAUUGGUCUCCUUUUGUUAUCUGGUCCUUGUUUAAUUUGUUUAAGGGUUUUUGUAUACAAAAGUUUACAUUUUUAUGUAUAUUUUUCUUGUGUAAAAACUGAUGUAAUAUGUGUAUAAAACACUGUAUGUAUUAUCUGUAUAUAGUGUGACAAAAUGAUUUUCUUUCUUUCUUUUGGAUGUAUUAAUAAAUCUUGCUGUGAAGUAGCCGUGUUUACUAU